AUGACCACCCGGUCGACAUCCCCAAGUGGUGACGCCAAGUUCAACGUGUGCCGCUUCCUCCGCCUGCCGCAGCUCUGCUCCACUUGCGUGGCCUUCUCGCUUGUGGCCGACAUGGGCAAUCCGAGAGGGGCCAUAGGUAACUGGUCCAUGUCCUUCUGGUGUGUCUGUUUCGCCAUGACCUUCAUCAUUGCCAUAGUUGAGUGUUGCAGGCACCCGUCUCACUUUCUUUUCUUCUGGUACAACAUCUCUGUCACCUAUGCCUGCUACGCUGCCCUCAUCUGCCUCUCGGCCUCUAUCAUCUACUCCAUCACCUAUGUCCAGUUCGUGCCUUAUGGUCCUAACCGGGACCGGGCCAUUGCCGCCACUGCUUUCUCCUGCAUCGCGUCUGUGCUGUAUGUCAUAGAAGUGGCCGGGAUGUGGGCCUGGUAUGAGCUCAAGGAGAUCUUCUUCUACAAGCACACCUUGCGAGCCCUGCUGAAGGUGCUGGAGACCUUCGUGGCCGGUGUCAUCUUUGCCUUCCUCAGCAACACCUCCCUGUAUCUGCACCAGCCGGCCCUGGAGUGGUGUGUGGCCGUGUACUCCAUCUGCUUCAUCCUGGCAGCUGUGGUCCUCCUGCUGGACCUGGCUGAAUGGGAAUACAUGCUGUCUGGGCCCUUCUCCAUUUUCCAGCUUGUGAUCACCCUGCUCUCCAUCCUCCUCUAUGUCAGCGCUCUGGUCCUCUGGCCACUCUACCAGUUCUAUGAGGAGCUCGGUGGGCAGCCUCAGAGGUCCAGUGAUGGGGACUGCAGGGACGAGCUCACCUAUGACAUGUGCACCUGGGACCAGCGACUGGCUGUGGCCGUCCUGACAGCCAUUAACCUGCUGGUUUACGUGGCCGACCUGGUGUACUUGGCUUGCCAGGUUUUUCUGUAG